CUCCCCUGCCGACGCGGUUGUUAGGGGCAACGGUGAGGCCUAGUGGAGAAGUCCUAAGCCUGAGGGAUUUCAUCACCUUUCGUUGCCUGGCGAGAAUGCCUUUGGUCACUGGAUUGGUUCCCUCGCGAUUCCUGACCCUCACGGCCCAUUUGGUCAUUGUCAUCACCAUCUUCUGGUCUAGGGAGAGCAAUGUCCGGGCUUCCCUACCUCUCCAGUCCACCCAGGAAGAGUAUGAAAACAAAGACACAGAGCUGGUGGUGGCGCUGUCGGUUACCCUUGGACUGUUUGCUGUGGAGUUGGCUGGCUUCCUCUCUGGGGUGUCCAUGUUCAACAAUGUGCAAAGCCUCCUCUCUUUGACUGCUCACUGCAGUGCUUCCAUCUGCCUCUCCUUUUUCGUCUUCGAGCGCUGGGAGACGGUCACUUACUGGUACAUCAUGGGCUUCUGCAGUGCCUUGCCUGCUGCUGUCGAGGUCAUACUUUUCAUCUCCGUCUUUGGACUGAAGAAGAAGCCUCUGUGAAGGACGAAGCACCAGCACGAGGAGCACCCGCUGCCCCCCACCCCAGAAGAGACAUUUCUUGGGAUCACACCCCAGGAGGGAAGUUCCUGGUAAACCGUAAAAGGGUCGUCAAACUGUUCUUGAACAGAUCAUGACGGCUGACUGCAGUCCAAGAAAAGUCAUACGAGGAGCAUGCCUUCUUAGGGUGCAAAACAGUGACCUCUGACUGUCCUGAUUUUCAUCUUCUGCCUUGCUCUUUGUCUCCACCAGCGUUGUCUACAGCUCCAGCUGAGCAGGGGUGUCCUGCGGUGCGCUGUCUCCUUCCAGUGGGAGCCCUGUGGUAUUGCAUCCUGUCACAUGCUAGCGCGCUUAACCCACACAUUUUUCGGUCUCCAGUUGUACAUUUGGAGUGCCAAAGUCUCCCCUGGGAAGAGACUGAAAGGUUGUGGCUUGUAGCCUGCAGGUCCUCUGUGAAAGAACAAAGAUGUCCAGGUGAAAAAGCAGCACAAGCCUGUGUCUAUAUUUUAUUCUGGACAGGGAAUGGUAGAUGGCGUUUGAGAAUAAACUCACUUUUUUAUAUAUAAACCUUAAAUAAAACGGCACCCUUCUUAUAAAUGUGCAAGGACUGUUGCUGUUUGGAUAG